AUGUCCGGGCUAUCUUUAGCUCAGUCACGCCUACGAGAGGAGCGCAAAGCAUGGCGUAAGGAGCGACCUUUUGGCUUUUGGGCGAAACCGCGGGAAAUCAAAAGUGUGCAGCAUCAACAACCGAAUAAUGUCCUUACUGCGCUGGCCAAGUCAUCAGCGGCCCCCCAAACGCAUCAGGGGAGUGGCAGUAGCCAAACUGCUGGCGACAACUCUGGUGGCUUGGACUUGCUUGAGUGGGAAGCAGGAAUACCGGGGAAGCCAGGCACUCCGUUUGAAGGUGGUGAGUUCCGUCUCUUUCUCCACUUUUCAGAGGAUUACCCGACAAAGCCGCCUAAAUGUGUGUUUAACCCGGUACUUUUUCACCCCAACGUCUACCCGAGUGGAACGGUAUGUCUUUCCAUUCUCAACGAGGAGAAGGACUGGCGGCCGAGUAUUACAAUUAAGCAAAUACUACUGGCGAUACAGGAGCUCCUGGACAACCCAAACAUCAACGACCCCGCUCAGGAAGAGCCAUUUCGUGUGUACACGCGUGAUCGUCAAGAGUAUGAAGAACGCGUGCGGCAGGAGGUGGCGAAGCACCACCGGAAGCGGGUAUAA